AUGGAGAAAACGGAGGAUGAAUCUCCCAGGAAUAAAGUCAAAUUCCUUUGCAGUUAUGGUGGAAAGGUUCUUCCACGGCCCUCCGAUGGAGUCCUUAAGUAUGUAGGCGGAGAGACUCGCGUCAUAUGUAUCCCCCGCGACGCAACUUUCGCAGAUAUGAUGAAGAAGGUGAGUGGGGUGGUUGAUGGCGAGGUGGUGUUGAAGUACCAGGUGAUUCCUGAAGAACUUGAUACAUUGGUGUCUGUUAGGACAGAAGAUGAUUUGAAGCACAUGAUUAUGGAACUUGAUCGGCAUGAGAGUAGUGGAUCAUCAUUGCUUCGCGCAUUUCUGUUCCCUUUGAAGCCAAUGAUAGUUGACAGCCCGAGUCAAAUGCAAAUGCAACAACCACAUCCACUUCCUAUUGAACCGUAUUUCUUGGAACAGCGUUACCUUGAUGCCAUCAACGGUAUCAUACGACCAAGCCCCGGCUCUAAAUGUGCCGCUUGCUCUGCUUGUUCUUCGCCGAGACCAAGCCCCGGCUCUAAAUGUGCCGCUUGCUCUGCAUGUUCUUCGCCGAAAUCAACCUCUCCAGACGGAUGCACCACCGGGGAAUCGCCGUUCCAACACCAAGGUAUGCAGCAGUUACAGAAGGGUAUGGCUUCAAUGCAGAGAGUGAGAAGCUCUCCAAGUUUAUCCAGCCUUACAAGCAGCUACAAUAAUACACAACCGUUACAGCAGCAGCAGCAGCAGCAUAAUCAGGGUAUUAGUAGAAGUAGGAGUAGUCAUUAUCAACACCAGCACCACCCUCUUGUUGGUGGACUUAGACCAAUACAUGAAGUAGGGAUUGGAAUGGGAAUAGGAAGGUUAUCUCCAUCUCAGAUGAGUAUGAACAUGAUGCCAGAUAAUAUUAGUAGCAGUAGCAGCAGCAGGGGUAUGAAUUACUAUUACUCCAAUGCAAACAGACCCUAUAAAGCUUAUGCAUACCAUGAUGAUUCAGUUGGUCAUGUUGUUCAGUCAGUCCCCCGGAGUCCCAGAAUGUAA